GGACACAUCGCACACAAAAUUGCUCUCUCUCUCUCUUUUGCUAUAAUUUAAUGGUUCCAAUGGUUGACUACGUUGUAUCUUUCAUUGGUAGGCAAUAGAGGAAGUCAACAACAAGCACAAGUGCAACUGAGAGAACAGAAGGAGAAAGAGAAGGUGUGGAACCUCACUAUCAAAGUCAAGUGUUGAUUCAGCACACUUUUGAAAAGAAGAUGAGAACAUGUCUGGUGGGAGACACACUAGUGAACUUCAGAAUGAGCUUGACCCCAGGACAAUUGACACAGAGAUCGAUGGGGGACAUGUCAGAGCAGGAGGUCAAAGAAUCCGACCUGAGAGAGAUAGAAAGAAACUUCACUGAACUUGAGAAGCGAUGUGAGCAUCUAGGUUGUCUUUUGGAAGACCAGGAGGUAUGGCAUGGAAUGGAUCUUAGGGCUGUUGAGCGGGAGAGGGAGCAGGAGAGAGCAGAGCGGGAGAGGCAGAUGAGGGAAAGGGACGAAGACCUUUUGGCAUCACUCAUGACUGUGGCUAUUAGCAGAGAAAGGGUGAUGUCAGAACUGAGGAAGAGACAGGCUAUGGGUGGGGCCAUGAGAAGUCUACGAGCACGUAGUCUACCUCAGAGACUCCGUAGAUGGUUCUCCUCCAGUCUGUCCUGCAUGAAUGUGAGAGACCAAGGGUCACCUAGGGUUAACCCUCGUACUUGCAGUGGAGAGAGAACAGCAGGCUCAGCAGGAUUCAGCAUGCAUAGGAAUAAUGCUCCCAGAAUUUCUGAGGAGAGUGUGAGAGGCUUCCAAGGGGUACUCAGAAGUCUGAAGAGGAUUGCUAAACUGGAGAAAAAGGUGCAGAAAUGAGACCAUGUCAAAGAAACCUCUGUCUAAGGAAUGAAAACAUCAUCCAACAAUGCAUGUUUUAAAUAAAACCAUACAUUACAAAGUGAAUAA